UUGAAAAAUCAAAAGAAAGGAAAUCUCCUUCUGUUACAGAGCAGAGCGAUCGAUAGUGGUUAAACAUGGACAUGAAGAUGCGGAAUCACCACAAGCACACCAGAUAUGCAUCACCUCUUCCUCCGCCGUCGACCUAUUUCAACGAUCUUCAUCACUACAAUCAACAUCCUACAAUUCCGCCACCGCCUUUCUCUACUCACUCUACUCCUCCGCCGCCGUCUUCGUCGUCAUACAAACCGCAACAAUCUCAAUUCACCUUCAGCAAGCACGACAACCAUCGGCUGGUUGAAAACGAUACGCGUAGACAAAAAUCCGUUUACGUACCCCAUCACAAUCCUUCCCCACCUAGGGUUUCAAAGCGCACUUUGUUGGAUUAUAAUCAGCCUCGCUUUUAUAAACAAGAAUCUCAAAAUAGGCUUCUCGAUUACAGUUCAUCAAAAGUUGUUGUACCGGAAAGUCGUCGACCCUUCGGAUUGGUCAGAGAAGAAGAUAAUCACCAUAGUGGAAUCAGUAGAACGCAGGUAUUGUCGUAUCGACCGUUUGAUAAUCGUAGGCUUGAUGUAGAAGGUAGAUUUAGGUUUAGAGAUGAGUUUCAAUCUAAGCACUCAGAACGAAUUGAUAGUCGUGUUGACGAUUACCAGCGUAGUCAUGACAGUUAUGUCUCUGAAAUUAGAGAAACUUCAAGAAUUCCCUUGUAUAGCGAGUCACAUAGUGGUUCUAGAUCUAAGUUGUCUGUAUCAAAGGAUUUUGGAGCGGAUCCGGGAAACUAUCAGUCCUUUGAUCAUUAUUCUUUAGAUAGUGACAGAUUUCUGCAUAAUAAGGAAUUGGAUUAUCGGGAACUGUCUGGUGUUCGUGCUAGGUUAGGGAACCAAUUUGACUCUGACGAUGGAGAUGAAAUUUCUCCCUUGCAACAUCGCCCUCAUAUUUAUCCAUCUGGAAAAUCCAACUAUAGAGGGAACAAGGAAGGUAACCACGAUUUUCUUCAGGUUACACAGAAGAAAAUCCAAAAGAAGAGUGUUUUACAGAGACUUCAGUUUGUUAAUCCCGGUAAUAAUAACAGAAGCAACGGACAACAUCUCUCUUUUGCCCAAUCAGUUGGUACAGUGCCAAAUAAUUUACGAGGAAAAGGUGUCGUUUCUUAUCCUGAAAAGAGAAGAGAAGAAGAUAGAAAGGAAAGCAUCGUAGAACUGGAUGUAUGCUUUAAUUCUAAUGGCUUAAUAGCAAAGACAAUUGUGCCUACAUCAACUGAUGAUGAAUCUCAUGUGAACUCAAGACAAAGAAAUAAGAAGUUGAGGGAACUGGAAUAUCCAUUGAAAUAUCUCAUUUGUUCAACAAAUAGCACAAUUAAGCCAGAUUCUGUGACGCCGGAUAGGUUUGAAUGCCUUUCAGAUUCUUCUAGGGAUUCAAAGAUUUUGAAUGAGAAUUGUAUGAAACCUUCCCCUCUAAGCAUUUGUGCUGGUGGUUCUCCUGGAAAUAUGAGUUCAAAAGAAUUAUUAUCUAAAAAGACUCGUCAUGCCAUUCCUUCAUAUGCAAGUCCCCCUUUGGCUUUUAGAAAGAAAAAACUCAUUAGGCCACUCUCUCAUAUGUCAAAUUUGGAAGUAAACAAAAAAGAUUCAGUUGCUAUUAUUAAGUCGGAUGGUUCCAAAAAUAUUCAGUCUCAAGAUUCCCUUUGCAAUGUAACUUCAGGUGAGGCGAAUAACUAUUCAAGCUCUGAUCUCGUGCAUGACAUUGUUUUGCAGUCUUCUCCUCGUCAAAUUACUGCAUUGCUUGAUAAUAAGUUGAGUGAAGCUUCAUGUGUUUUAUCACCAGAGACAAAUGGAGUUCACUCUUAUUCUAAUAAAGCAUGCAUACCAUAUAUGGAGGCACAAGCAAAUACAAAUAUCUCAGGCCCUUUUCUGGUUUCAGUUUAUCCUUUAGAGACUGAAGGUGAUCUGCAUACUCUAACUGCUAGAGUGCCUGGAUGUGUUGAUUCUUUUGCUAGCACUAAUUCAUAUGAAGAUUCAAUCAAGUUGAAGCUUGGGGAGGGUGAUUCUGAUAUUCUUUUAGUGGGCGGCAUUCAGCCACAAUUACCUGUGGAUAAGUACUCUUUAUCACGUAAAUCUGUGGGAGGCAAAACUGGUUGCCUUUUAUCACAUCCUGCAGAAACCGAAGUUUGCAGAAAUCAUUAUAGUUCAGUGAGCUUCGAUAAUACACAUGCUGCGAAGAAGGAAAAUCCUUUCUCUAGUGUUGAUUCUUCAGCAAUUGAGUGUACAUUUAAUCAGACUUCUGUUUUGGGAGAUAAUAUAUCUGUUGAUGAAGAUCAAAGACCUACCAUUUCCCUAGUUAAAGAUAGUGAUAUGAUUGGACACCUGAAAAAAAAGGACCAUAUUGAUGUCAGUGAAACUGUCACUGAUGUUGUAGGAGUUAACAUUAGCGCAGCCAAUUUGCUGGACGGGAAUGGGAAAACCGAAUCUCACAUGAAUCUUGUUUCUAAUCUAGCUAAAACUGAUUGUGACCGUGUAGGACCAGGUCCAGAAGGGGAGACUUUGCUGCUCCAGAAUAAUCUCAUUCAAGGACCCACAGUAACUGCAGCAACUAGCAAUCUAAACAUUAGUCCUGUUAAGAAACAACCACAUAGGAAGAGGGAAACUGAGGAUACCGAAAUUGAUUCGUUGAAGUCAACCUGCUAUGAUUUCAGCCUGACUGUACAUAGCCUUUUACAUCAAGAAGAGGAGAAAUCCAGUUGUAGGGACAAUGAUGAUGGGCAUGGUAGAAACAAAAGAGACUAUGCUAUGCUUUCAGUCGGUGAAUCUGUAACAGGAACUUCUCCCAGAUGUAAGAAGACAAGGUAUAUCAGUGCACCUGUUUCAAGCUUCCCAACAGUAUCCCAGAUCCGUGAUGGUCCUAGUUGCACCGAGGAAUUGACUUUCGACUCUGAUAAGUUUUAUACUGAGACAGAAGAUAGAGUUAAUGAAUCUAACAUCAACAUAUCAGAUUCAUUUGUGCUUGGGGACAAUGAAAUAGGUGAUCCUUCACUUGAUGUUACUGAUAUGACAGGAAAAGAUGUUAUCUGUAUUGAUUCAAAACUUGAUCCAGAAAUAGCUCAGAUAACAUGUCUGGAUGACCAUAACAAUGUUGAGCAUUCCCUAAACUUUUCUACAAUUAACAGUUGUUGCCAAAACAACAAUUCUUCCAUACGUCAAAUAGAGAGUACUCCUGAAGCAAACACCACUCUUAAGAUCAAUUAUUUUGAUGCUCAUGGACAAGAUGAACAUCAUAGACAACAAUAUGCAGAUAUGGAGUGUGACAACGUUUUGCCUGACAAAGAUGGUUUACCUUCUGUGUCAAAUUCUCCAUCUCUAUAUUUGGAUAGAAAUGAAGCCUCUACUGCCUUUCCUAAUAGAGCAUCUCCCGACACCUUGUUCACAGGUGAGGAGGAUUCACAGUUUGUGGAGCAAAACUUUGAGAUUGGGAAUACAAAUUUUGAGAAUCUUGUUUCUGAAAGUAGGACACCUUUGGUAUCUUUUGAAAAAAUUUCAAUAACUAGUAUGUGCAGUCCGAAUUUAGGCAAUACAAUGGUGAGUUCGCACACAAUUCCUACUAAGACCGGGCAUUCUCUUCUGCAACCUACUCCAAGAAGCAGGACACUUAGAAAUAAUCAUCUGAAUGAUGCAAUUCUUAGAGUCUUACCCGGUUAUUCAAAACUAAAGAAGGCAGUUCCCCCAGACAAUAAGGUGAAAUCCCGAACUAGCUAUCGAACAGGAAAACCUCCUUCCUUGCCUAUCUGUGGAAAGAAUAACUUGAAUGCUGUUUCUUUGCAAAAGCAGUUGCCUACAAAUAAUGAAAAGGUUCACAAUGCUUAUGUUUGGAAAGGCAACAGUAUUGUGAGAAAACUUUAUACUGUUCCUGCUAAAUCUUUGAGCUCGCCUGGACUUGAAAGCAGUAUAAAUGGGUUUAAUUCAUUGAACUGUUUGAAAUCAGAACUCCUUCAACAGCCAAAGACACCGUUACUCAGAAGUAAAUUAUUUGAUUGCCCAAAUAUUUCCUCACAGAAUUCUGCAUCUGUGCAAGUGAUAAAUCCUCCUGCAGAGACUUCUUCUGAGUUUAUUUUGGGUGUUUUGGAACAAGAAGAAAAUGCCAGUAUCCGGAAUCCUUCACAAACUCCUCAAAAUCAAACAUGUGUGACUGGAAGUCACAAUGUCAUAAGCAAUGAAAGCUCAAAAUCUGGGAUGGGAUGGAAGAUGAUAUGCAUGAAAUCAAAUCAGUUAGUUGCAUCAUCUAGUCCUACUGAUCUGUCUGUUCAGAAUUCAGUACAGACUGAUGUUUUGCCUUCUUUUGAUGGUUAUGUCAAGUGGAAGGAAAAUCAUCUCAGAAGACCACUUGAAGACCAAGCACCGAAAAAUAUAGCCCUUCGUGAUGCUUCUUCCAAUGAGACUUGGCCUGUAAGAAAAAAUGUUAGGCGUUAUUGUGUCUUCAGUAGGAACGUUUUGGCUUGUAGAAAAAGAGAUGCAAUUUACACAAGGUCCAAGCAUGUCUUCUCUGGUGGGAUGUCCACAAUACUGAGUAUUGGUGGGUCUAGUUUCGAAAACACCACAGGGAAGAGGAUGUACAGGAUUGGCUCCUUCUAUUACAAAAUGGAUCUAUCAAGACGAACUCUCCAAAGAAUUUCAGGCGACUUAUCAGGCUCGGGUAAGAAUCAUGCUGGAGCAGAUACAAAAAUAUGUGUUGUUCCCCAAAGGCUCCAUAUUGGCAAUGAUGGUAGCAGAUACAAGCGCUUAGGAAAUGGAAAUCAGCUUAUUCGAUAUCCCAAAAGACGAGCGCGGAUUUUAGCAAGUGAGAUAGUAAGAUGGAGUUUGCACACUGCCAGAUUGUGUCUUGCCAAGAAAAACACAUAUUGUCAUUUCUUCACGAGAUUUGGUAAAUGUAAUAAAGAUGAUGGAAAAUGCCCUUAUAUUCAUGACUUAUCUAAGAUUGCAGUUUGUACAAAAUUUAUUAAGGGUUCAUGCUUCAAUCAAGGCUGCAAGUUGACUCAUAAGGUUAUUCCUGAAAGGAUGGAAGACUGUUCUUAUUUUCUUCAAGGGUUAUGCUGCUACGAGAACUGUCAAUAUAGACAUGUAAAUGUGAACCCAAAUGCCCCAACUUGUGAAGGUUUCCUUAGAGGCUAUUGCUUGCAUGGUGAUGAGUGCCGGAAGAAGCACAGCUAUGUUUGUCCGGUCUUUCAAUCCAUUGGAAGAUAUGCAGAAGGCUCCAAGUGCAGACUCCACCCGAAAAGGCGUUUGAAAGGAAAGAGAAAGAUAAGGAAAAACGACACCAAAGAAUCAAACAAUGCUGAAGGGCAAUACUUUGGCACUAGUACUUGUAUUGACAAUGCUGAUUGCAGCAGAUCAACAACAGAUCAAGUAAACAAGGAUCUUUUCUUCCAAGAAGGAAGGUUGGCCGAUUAUAUUAGCCUCGGUGUAGAAGAAGUCUUUAGUACUAUAAUUGAGGAUUCAAGCUUAUCUUCAGAUAUGGAAACACAAAUAAAACCCGCAUUUGUUCUUAAUAGAAGUUCGGCAAAGGCUACUACUAGGUUUCUAGGUUAAGUUUUUGGUUUGCAUUUCUUUUGAAUAAUAUAGCUUGUAAAGAAGUGCUUGAGAAACAAGCACAUUUACUAGUGAAGUUGGAAUGUAAGUAAAUAUUGAAAACAUUAUAUUUUAUUUUGUCACAAUUAAUUUUACUCUUUAAUUGGAAAACCC